AUGCGGCCCAAGUGCUUGUGGAACAGCAGAUUUCGCAAAGUACCGAACGCUCAGCUUCCGAGGAAGAAGCUGCGAGGACUGAAGCAAAAGCCAGGAGAGCGGCAAACCGCGUCCCAAGACUCAACGACCAAAUCCCGCAAGCGCUCAUUCCCUCACGCGACCGCCAGUACCCUGUCACUCUAUGCGGUAUAUCUGCCUCUCCAGACACAACAUCCCCUGCUUGUGAAAGUGCAAGGAAUUCCGGAGGAAGCAUGCUACGAGUUUGGAGUGAGAACCAUGAAAGAGAGCGUGAAACGUGAAGGAUGGGAUUGUGCAGAGUCUGCCGAGCUGAAUAGAUGGACACGGGUAUCAAGACAAGUUCCUACAAGUGGAUCUCCAGGGACUCGGGAAACCAUUUCCACAGAUUCUCGACUCCAUAGCGCACCUCCGACACACCGCGAAGCUGUGGCAAGAUUGCUACACGAUGGUCACUCCAUCCAAAAGCUUACCCGGCUUCGCAUGCAGACUGAAAUCACAGUGAGAGAGCUGAAACGAAAUAAGGAUCUUCUAGAGUCAAAGCUCAAUUCGGAGUCGAGAAAGAUCGCUGCUCAAAGAACGGAAUUGGAUCGACUUGAAGAUAUGGCAAUCAAAGAGACAUUGAGGGCGGACAAUGAAUAUCAGGUUUUGGCUGGGGCAAACUUGGACCAAACCAUUAGAUCUCUCGAUGCAGCGGUGCAGAGUGCUGCGGUGACAGAUAUGGAGACCAGGUAUGAGGAGGAUCCGGAGGAGGAUCUUGUAUCUGCCAACUCCGGUGACCAAGGGCCUGAGUUGUUAAGAGAAUCGUGGACGGAAACGGUCCUGAUACUCGUCAUGGAUGAGCCUCCAACAAAACGCGUCAAGCGGGCGGACGGCGUGGCGAUGUUGGAUGAAGAUAGCAAGACUGAUUCGCGACCCGGUCCGAGUGGGAGAGAUCCCAGGCAAAGAUCACAUCACGGCGAAAUUCGAGAUGGUGGGCGAGGCUCUAGACGGGAUGAUGAUCGACGAAGAAGAUCAAGGUCGCGGGAACAAACUUACGAAAGACGAAGAGAGAGGAGCAAGUCUAGGGAAAAGCCACAUCGUGAUCGUGACCGUGACCGCGAUAGAGACCGUGACCGGGGCGGAAGAGGUCGAGGAGUUAAUGGAUACAGUCAACGAGAAAGAAGCCGAAGUCGUGAUCGACAUCGAUCUUCCAAAGGUAUGGACAAGCCCGCAGAUGAUACCUCCUCUCGCUCACGCCACACAGAUUACCGCGGUGAACGCUCACAUCGACGCUCACGCUCUCGUUCACCACUGAUAAAUGGCGACAGUUCCUUUGCACGUACACGCUCACCACCUCAACGAACUGAUCAUGACCGAGCACGACCCCACAACCGGAUCGAGAGUGAACGGAACGAACCAAGAGGAUCGAAGUCGAGAGCAGAGGCGACAGAGAUGGAGAGACCACCAGUCAAUGGAGACAAUGUGGUUAUGGACGAGGACGAUGAAGAUGCACUGCUCAGAAAGAUGAUGGGGUUCACAAAUUUCAAGAGCACACAAAAUACGAAAGUUCCAGGCAACCAAAUCUACGGUGUGAGGAAGGAGAAGAAAACACAGUAUCGGCAGUACAUGAACCGGGUUGGAGGUUUCAACAGACCAUUGAGUCCUACGAGAUGA